GUUGGUCUUCGGAAAAAUCGAAAGUUAAAAUCAGAUUUUUUUGCGAAACAAGUUCCAGGCAUUCUUUCUUUUUCUUUUUCUUUCUUUCACGGAGGGACUUGCACCUUGCAGCACUCAUCCUUCUCUUUCAUUUUUCCUCAGCACACGGAGAAAAGAAAGACAUGGCAGUUUACCAGCCGCCCACCCAGGUGGUGACCCAAGUGACGACCACCUCGCGGCAAUACUCCAACUGGAGUACCGGCCUUUGUGAUUGCUGCAGCGACAUGAGCACGUGCUGCUGCGCCCUGUGGUGCUUCCCGUGCAUGCAGUGCCAGACGGCCAGCAAGCACGGCUGGUGCUGCGCCAUGCCGCUGCUGGAUUUCUGCUGCAUCGUGUCCUGCAUGCUCCGCAGCUCCAUCAGGCAGCGCCACGGAAUCCCGGGUUCUUGCUGCGACGACUGCUGCAAGCUGUACUGGUGCUUCCCGUGCGUGUGGUGCCAGAUGAACCGCGAGGUGAAGAUCCGGGCCAACGAGGGCACCAUGUCCGCUGUCACCACCCAGGUCGUCAGGACGGUGUAGCGACUGCGAGCGCACGUCCCCGCGGGUCCGAGCGCUGACCCGCGUUCUGUCCUUCCUGCUCCGUUGCAUGUUCUCAGUAGCAAAUGGAAGUGACACAAUAUCGGGUAUAUUAACAUUUCAUUUUCUUUUGCGUGACUCAUCUUUGCCAAUACUUUUGCUGCGGCUACUCUGUUCCUUCCCAUUUUUUCUUUUUUUUUUUUUUGGUGGUGACGUUCCAAAGCCGUCAGUGUCGAGAUCACAAAUACAUUCGUUUCAUCGCGUUCAUUCAAGCAUACACAAUUGUAUUUUCAAAUCUGUUUCAUUUGAAAAGUUGUAUUCGGAGAAAUAUAUAAGAAUUCUAGUUGUGGACUAAGUCUUGACAAAUAAAAAAACAGGAAGAAGAGA